AUGAAGGUGAAGAAGGGAUGUGUAGCAGUUCAAGUUGGUUCUGAGGAACAAGGUGAUGCUACUGUCACUGAUUCUCAAAGAUUUCUCAUCCCUAUUUCAUAUCUUUAUCAUCCUCUUUUCAACAAUCUUCUAGACAUGGCUUACGAGAGUUACGGCUACAACACUCAUGGCCCUCUCAAGCUACCUUGUUCGGUUGAUGACUUUCUUCACCUACGGUGGCAGAUUGAAAAAGAAUCAACACCUCACCACCACCAUCAUCAUCACCAUCACUAUCUACCUUACGCCUUUUCUCUUGUUCUUUAA